UGUAUUUCUGUUUUUAUUUCCAUUUACAUAAUUAUAAACAUAAUAAUGGAAACUUUUGUUUCAGAUUUAGUAGUGAAUAUAAAACUUACCUGAAUGUUUGUACCAAAAAUAAUGUCACCAAUGAGUUAUAAACAUUUUGAGCCUCUACUACAGGAAGGAUCACUAAGAAAUCUUCUGCACCAUUGGAAUAACAACAAGAGAUUACAGGUAUAAUCCCUCCUUCCUCCUGGCUUCAGUAAUUGGAUUACAGACUUCAGUUGACAGCAGCCCAGAAAGCAAACAAGACAAACAGCAAGAAAGAGACGAGAAAAACCACCAACACGGAGGAGAGAAGCAGCGAGACCGGCCCUGUGGAAGGACCGGCAGCCAUUUUUUUGGACGGCUGUUGUUUUUUGUAUAAGUCUGGAUCGGAGCGGAGCAGAUCGGGAUCAGCUGUCAGGACUGGAUCUGUGGAUCUGUUGCUUCGUCAUCCUCUCUUUCCUCCCGUCCUCCUCUCAAAUGGUCUACCGGCCAACUGCUAACUGCACUUAGCUUCAAUUAGCUGCAAUUAGCUGCUGAUACAAUGAAUUCAAUGUUAACUCAUUUAGCUUCUUUAUUUUAGCCUGUGACCCUAGCUGCCUUAGCAUUAGCUAUAAAUUAAGCCUGAAUGUUACUUAACCCAGCCUGGUUUUCUUUUAACGUAGCUGUUAGCCUGAUUUUACUUAACUAAUUGACUUUAAUUUAGACUGUUGAAAUUUAGCCUUGUUGUCCGUUGGCCUGGUUGAAAUUUAACCUAAAUUUAACCAAGCUUCAAAAAAGCUUGCCUGCAAAAUGUUAGCGUUGUUUUGUUUUAGCUAAGUACAAAACGCCAAUUUAGCCACACCUAUGUUUAAUCUAGCUGGGUAUAAUUUGCCUAGCUUCAAAAUCCAGCUUUGCCUAUCUUUCAAGUUAGCAUGGCUGUGACAAAGCCAAGGCAGAAUCUAGCCCUAAAAACCUCAGCCUUGUUGUAAUUUAGCGAGGUCAUACUCUGGCCAACCAUAUCUGGUUGUAAUUAACACCUAGCUAACAAAGCCUGGCUAUUAAUUACUUUAGCCUUGCUGUAAUUCAGCCUUGUUUUAAAUUAGCCUGGCUGCAAUACAACUGAAGUCAGGUUUAAUUUAGCCUGACUGCAUCACAAGUCAGGUUUAACUUGACUGUAAGAUAACAAAGCUACAGGUGUGUUUGUUGCUAAAGGACAAUUAGCUAAAUCUGUCAUCUCAAAAAACAUAAACAAAUCCUUGCAAUGAAUCCAGACGGAGAAGAAGCUGAUGUGUUUUCGGACACAGAAGACCCGAACCCUCUGAGAGCAGGAGAGGAGGAGGGGGAUGAGGAGGAGGAGGAAGAGGAGGAGGAUGAGGAGGAAGAUGCAAGGAUCUUCAAUGCGUGGAUGCAUCGGUACAGAGGAGGCGAACGGCAGCAGAAAAUUGGAGAAGAGGAGGGUGAAGAGGCAUCAGAGGGGGGAAGACCUGAAAGCAGAUGCAGCGUGGAGCCACCGGUCCGGAUGAGGGCCGACCGCCGGGCCUCACUGCCAUGUCCGAGCACUCUGUCGUCCAUGCAGCUGUCUCGUCUGCACUCGUCCACCAAGGCUCCAGUGACGGCGAGGGUCCUCCUGCGCCGCUCCUCCUCCCGCCGCCUCCUCCCGUCGCCACAGGAGGCGUCUGUGCCCGCCCCCGAGCGAAGACCCUCCCUGAUUCCUCCAAUCCCAGAGGCCACGGCGCCGGAGAAGAGGAGCACGUUCAGGAGACGCAACGUCAUGUCGUGUAGCGACGCCUACAGUGUGUGUCUCAUCUGUCACAACGACCUGAGCCAGGGGAGCGGCGGCACCAGAGAGCUGCAGUGCACACACACCUUCCACAGAGAGUGUAUAGAGGAGUGGCUGUGGAGGAAACAGUCCUGUCCCACCUGUCACGUUCAGGUGUCCAUCCCACAGCCCGCCUACUGGAACUCCACCAGGGUCAAAGUCCCCUAACACCACCAGGAGGGGACAGUGACAUCAUCAGCCUUUGCCAAAACCUGAGGAGAGGACUGUGACAUCACCAAAGUUGUUUGAAAGGUUCAGCAGUCGGCGAUGACAUCAUCGAUGUCUCUUAAUAUUCCAGGAGUGGACUGUGACAUCAUCAGAGUGUUUUUAAUCUGAAGUAUUGGAUGGUGAUGUCACUUUAGUCCUCGGGAACAUCCACCAGCCAACUGUGACAUCAUCAGAGUCCCCAAAACAUUUAGCAGAUAAUGAUGACAUCAUUAAUUCAAGAAGACAGUGAUGUCAGAGUCCUGGAAAUCAUCAUGAGGAGGGGACGAUGACAUCAUCAAGGUAGUCUCAAAUCAUAAGCAGUGGACUCUUACGUCACUAAAUCCUGUGAGAUGUCUGUGACAUCAUCAAACACCAUUUAAAUGUUUAGCAGUUAUCUAUGACAUCAUCAAAUCUUUUCAAACUUUCAACUGUAGACUGUGACAUCAUCAGGGCCCCAUGAAACGUCCAUUCAUAGGGUGUGACAUCACCAACAUUUCUUAAAUCUGCCAGUAGUAGACUGUGACAUCAUCAUCGCCCUUUUAGGAAAGGACAGUGACAUCAUGACAUCAUCCAUGACGGCAUGGAGCGAGACGAUGAUGUCACCAUAAACAUGCAGUGAUGAUGUCAUGACAGUGUUUUAGCAGGUAGAGUGAACUGAAUGAAUGAGACCACAGUGACCUCACUCUGUGUGUGUGUGUGAUAUUUGACUGUUUUUACAUUUUUAGCUGCGCUGUUCAGAUCUUUGAAUAAAGUUUGAUUGAAUGAUG